AUAUAACACAGAGUGUCCACUAGAAGUCAAACGACUUUAAGUUCAUUUAUAUAUUUAUUCUUUUAAAAAAAAUUUGAUGCAUACUAUUGACUAGAAACAAACACUCGAAGCACAAAGUAAAUAGUCAAAUCUCUUACGACAACUUUCAAUGAAGAUCUUUUUUUUUUAAAAAAAAACGUAUCAAGUCUUGUUAAAGUAAAAUAUUUUUUAAAAAUUGUUUUAAAAAUAAUUUUUUUAUGUGUGUCUGGAUUUAUAAACAUCAAGACACAACUCUGCUUAAUCAUUACGGGAAGAUGUGUGCUCUACUUCUGCUGAUGUUGAUCGUUUCACUGCCGGACGCAGACGGCAUCGUGGCCACUGUCGGAUUAGGGACACCGAGGUAAACUUUUGUGUUGUUUUUUUCUUGUGUGUGUGGGGUUUUUUUUGUAUGUGUGUGUGGUCAUAUCAAAGGAUUAUUGUGAUCCAUCAGGGUUUCCGAGUUAGGAAUGAGAACCAUCGUGACUCUAAACUUAAGCACGUGAUUCAAACCUGAACAUAUUAUCAAUAUAGUCGGUAGAGUCGGGAUAAUAAUGAGAGUCUGCGGACAAUUAUUUUGAUAUACAUGAACAGGUGUCGGGGAAAAUAUCGUGGCAGAUAAGUCUCCUAAUAUAAAGGACAUUUUUUGUUCGACUUCAAAAAGUUGACGGCCUUUGUUUUCAGCAUAAUGAGAGUGAACAAUGGUAUAACAAUAUAUACAUAUACAAUUGCGAUACUGGAACUUCGGGUAUAGGAUUACAGACAGUUUUCAGGAUAUACAUUUUCCAUUAACUUGAUAAUACACAAAACAAUCAGUUGAUGUUCAGUUGAUGUUCAGUUGAUGUUCAGUUGAUGUUCAGUUGAUGUUCAUUUGAUGUUCAGUUCAUGUUCAGUUGAUGUUCAGUUCAGUUCAUGUUCAGUUCAUGUUCAGUUUAUGUUCCGUUCAUGUUCAGUUCAUGUUCAGUUCAUGUUCAGUUUAUGUUCAGUUCAUGUUCAGUUCAUGUUCAGUUCAUGUUCAGUUCAUGUUCAGUUCAUGUUCAGUUCAUGUUCAGUUCAUGUUCAGUUCAUGUUCAGUUCAUGUUCAGUUCAUGUUCAGUUCAUGUUCAGUUCUUCCAAAUUUAGUAGAGCUCGUUCUUCUAAAAUAUGAGCUUGUUGAGUAAUAUUACAACACAGACAAGGGAAUGGUGUUAAAUUACAUCCCUAACAGGGUACCAUGGGAUAUAUAUUUAAGAAUCUGAAACUCCUGCCAAGUGCACAUUUUUCUGACCCCCUAGGACUAAGCACUUGUCCAACAGAUGUUUAAUUGACUCAUAAAGUGGGAAACGGAUUUCUGGGGAAGGGGGGGGGUCAGUAAAUAUGAGAAGUGGGCUCUUUGUUGAGUCCAGCUUUGUCGAGUAGAUGUAUAAUAACAAAGUACGCACACAUGCACAAAUUGAGCAAUGUUCUUAGACCUGUCACGGACAUUUUUGAUGACGGUCAAGUUGAAGUUGUCCUUGCUUGGACUCCACUUGCGGUGUCUCCAGACCGGUCAAGGACAUUCCCAACAGCUGUCAAGUUGACGGUACUAUUGAACUGCACCACCAGUCUUGAUGUCUCCCUACCCGUCACGCUACAGCAGUGGUCGGCAAAUCACGGCUCGCGAGCCGGAUGCGGCUCUUUAGCGACCUGAGUGCGGCUCGUCCAGUCAACUGAAAAUCGGUUUUGACUCCGAAAAGCACGAAUCUUGACAGGUUCUUGAAAAGAAACUUUGCUAUCAAAUUUUUUUUAAUCGUCCUGCUGAUUUUUAGCUCUUAUGACUAAUGAGUUGGCCGACUAUUGCACUAUAGCAUUAUUUUUUUUUUAAAAAAAGGGGGGGGGGUGGGGUGGAGGAUUUGGACUUAGCAAGAUAGUGAAAUAUAUACGGCAUAUAUUAUUUUUGCAGCAGUGUGACAGUAAUAGUUCUGAAAAGCCAAUAAAUGUAGAAGGUGGCCUAUAAUGAAGUAGGCUCAUGAACUGAACGACCCUCCCUGACUUUACAGCUCAGUUCAAGACUACUACUCAAGUUAAAGCCUUGGUGAUCGUCACAUGCGAAAGACGAACAAUAAUGAUAAUAUAAUUAAGUGGCACAUGCGGUCGUGGCAAAGACACGUUAUGAUGAGGGUCUGUGGCUCAAAUUCGAGCAACAUCAACGUUAGAUACCUGCCCUCCCCCCCCCCCCCAAAAAAAAAAAAAAAAACCCUCCCCUUACCCAUCGUACGAAAAAACUUAACACCAUUGACGCUAAAAGAAUAUUGAUUUCAGCUAACGGCUCAUCUUGUUGCAAAUAGUGUGAAGAUAUCCUCCCAAAACGUAUCCACGAAAAUACGGAAUGAACACAAAUUUGACUCUGCUGCUGUCUACGGGACCGUGGGUGGUAGUUGUUCACUUGAACAGAAAUGUUCACGCUUGGGGAAACGUUUAUUCAGUAUAUAUUUUUGUGAUCUUUAAAAAGAAAAUGGUGGAUGCUUUUCUUUUCUCGCUAACGAGCUGUGUAUCCCCAUGAUAUGCAACGUCUCGAGAAACGACAGUCAGUCAUGCACUGAUUUAUUUCUGUGUGAAACACUCCUCCACGCAUAAUUACAAAACACGAUGCAAUUAUUCUAAAUAGGCUUACUGGUUCUAUAAAUCUAUAAAUUAUAUACGCAGAAUCUAUUACUAAUAAGUAAGUCAGUUACAAUUUUUCAUUAGUCCGUUAAAAGCUUAAUUAAUCUUUUUUUCUUCUUUACUUUUUUUUAAUUCAAAUUAUAUAUAUUUAUAUAUAUAUAUAUAUAUAUAUAUAUAUAUAUAAUAUNUGGGGGGUUAUCAUAUUGGUUAUAUUGGUCGUCCAUUAAUUAUGUCACCAAAUUAGAGGGGGGUGGGGUAGAAAUGUUUGACAAUUGUUGACAAGAGGGAGGGGGUUGUUGACGUCAACAAUCAUGUUUUCUCUAUUAAAAUUUUAAUCUUAAAAAUUGACUGGUUAUUACAUUAGCAGCUACUAUGCCCAUUGUUACGAUAGAGCAACACCUGUCUACUCCCUGAUAAGAUGAUGGCAGCUAGAAACUAUGCCACAGUUGUCAGCUAUACUGACACUAAUCGUAUUUCUACUUCCACAAACAGUGAUAUUUAGCCUUUAACAACCAUUUCAUUGAUUCUGCAUUAUACAAUUUAAGUGUGAAAACGCUUUCACUUAACAAGCUAAAGAUGUAAUAAAAUGUGUUUCCUACAAUUUUGUGUCAUUAAAAUAGAUCAUCACAAAGUAAAAUGUAUUUAUGUUAUAAAAUUUAUUUCUAUUAUAAUUUAUUUGUUUUUUUGUUUUGUUUUUUUUUUGGGGGGGGGGGGUCACUGAAAGUUUGACAAUUGUUGAUUGACGUAAUUAAUGGACGACCCCUAAUGAAGUAAUUUAAAGUUGUUUGAUCCAGUUUCCUCAAACUGGAGCGCGGCAUCGAACAGCUUCUUUAAUUUCACCUAAAAGUAAAUGAAUCGUUUAAUUGCAUAAAACCUCAAUUCUGGCCCCUUUUUUAUUUAUUUCUGUGGGCUACGUUCAAUUUUUUGUAAAACAGAGUAACUUCCCCAUGGUUGCCGCCUACUUUAACCCAUUUGGGUUGGUUCCAAAAUUAUGUAGUAAGUUGUUUCUAAACUCGAUUCCAGUAAGUUAAGCAGGGUUAAUUAAAACAGACCCUAAAAAUAUAGUUUAACAAAAAAAAUAAAAGUUAUACUUUUUUUACUCUUAAUAAUUUCAAACCAUGACAACAACAAAUGAUAUGAAAGCGGAAAUGAUAUUCACCUACCCAUUAGUUCUUUUCUCUCCGAAAAUAAUUUUUUUCCCUUCGUGUACGUGUCCCAUACACAAUAAACAUAUCAGUGCAUUUCAACAUUCAAACUCAAUAUUAAAUAUUUCUACUUAGUGAUCUAAUAAUAAUCCAAAAAAUAAACGACGCAGAAAAAUCGUCAUAUUGAUUGGUUCAGAAAAACUAUGAGAAUUCUGUGGCACAUUUUCUUCCUUUUUGUCAUGAAUCAACUUAUUACCUUUUGUUUAGAAAUCCCUUUACACCAGAACUUAUUCCCUUUUGUUGAGAAAGCCCUUAACGCCACAAAUUAUUACCUUUUGGUUUAGCACCACACCUUAUUAACUUUUGGUUUAGAAAUCAACUGACACCACAGCUGAUUAUCUUUGUUAACACCAUAACUUUUUACUUUUGGCUUUAGAAACCGAUGUCCAAGAGAGGAGUACAAGCGCGUGAGCUGCACGGUCGCCUUAACCAACGGAGACAAUGGAGGGUAUUAUUUAUCAGUGUUUUGUUGCGUGUCUUAUUUUUCUAUUGCCAUUCAAGGUCGAAAAAUUUUCUUAGAAUGUGUUACUGUCACGAUCACAGUGUCUUGCAAAUAACACCAGAGGCGAGGUGGUUACAUAAUAGUGGCUAAUUUAUUAGAAGUUAGAAGCAAUCAAAAUACGAAAUACAUCUCAUACAAAUCCGAACAUACUUGGAACCAAUAUCAUACUGAUCUCAAUACUUAAAUCACCAGUGGCUAAUCUUAUUGACUUCUUAAACUUAAUAAUGUAUCACCACGCUAUAGACGACUGUUCAAUCUUCUAAAAUACGUUUCGUGAAUCCACUGUCAUAUUAUUAUACAAGGCAUCAUUUCUUGUUUCUUCUCCUUGCUCUCUGAUUGGCCAGUUUUUUCAAAGUCCCAAUACUCUGUAUAUUACAUAAGGAAUAGUUCCCAUAGUACUUAUCUCCCAUAUAGUCAUAUCUGUGACAGUUAUAAUUAGUGUUGUAUUAAAUUAUUCAUGUGUCCGUUGCAAAAAAAAAAAAAAAAAAAAAAAAAAAAAAAAACAAGUUGACUUGGGUAUAUGCUUACACAGCAACGCCACACAAACAUAAUUGGCUAGGGUUGUGUAAAAAAAAUGGGCCCACAUUUUAAAUUAUGCAGACUAUUGAAUUGACUGGGACAAACUUUACUUUCUCUGGAAAAAUUCAGGGUAAUAUUUAGAUGAGUGUGUUCAUCGGCGUCAUUGUGUAGUGCCCCACCCCGUCAUUGUGUAGUGCCCCACCCCGUCAUUGUGUAGUGACCUACCCCGUCAUUGUGUAGUGCCCCACCCCGUCAUUGUGUAGUGCCCUACCCCGUCAUUGUGUAGUGCCCCACCCCGCCCCCCUACGAUUAAUUAGUGCCCCCCCCCGUCAUUUUGUAGUGCCCUACCCCCUCAUUGUGUAGUGCCCCACCCCGCCCCCCUACGAAUAAAUUCAAAAAAAAAAAAAAAAAAGAAAAUAACUAUUUAAACCACCUUUUUCAGGAAGCUCUUUCUUGACCGAAGGUGAUCUUGACUAAAUGUGAUCUUGACUAAAUGUGAUCUUGACUAAAUGUGAUCUUGGCUAAAUGUGAUCUUGACUAAAUGUGAUCUUGACUAAAUGUGAUCUUGGCUAAAUGAUCUUGACUAAAUGUGAUCUUGACUAAAUGUGAUCUUGGCUAAAUGUGAUCUUGACCAAAUGUGAUCUUGGCUAAAGUUAUCUCCUACGGAACUCGUCAAAAUGCUCCAAGAGUUGCUCUGACGCCCGCCUUUAUUGUUAACAUUAACAUAUUCGUUAUCUUUGUUUUGUUUUGUUUUUUCCUACAUAUCUCUACUUAUUUGAUUUUGUCCAGCCCUGUCGUUAGCCGAAAUGUGUACAAGUGGAAACGGUUCGUGACGUGGGAGUGUUGUCCUGGUUUCCAAGGGGAGAACUGCCAGGAAGGUAUGACGUCAUAUUUAGUUGUAAUGCUGGCCUGAAAAUGUUUUUGCCGAAUUUUUUUUUUGUUGUUUUUUUUUGUUGUUUUUUGUUGUUGUUUUUUGUUGUUGUUUUUUUUACUUUGAUUUAAAGACCAAGAUUUUUAUUUUUUUUUCCCGUACGACCGAAAUGUCGUUGUUUGUAAGACGAUCUAAAGACGAUUUUAGUGCUCCACCCCUCCCCCCCCCCGCCCACCUUUGUAGGUGCCGGGGGUAAGUGAUCCCCUUUCACACCCCUUCCCGCGGCGCUGCGUUUAUGGAUCAGCGUCCGCACUGAUCUCAUUGGCGCCAUGGUGAGGUGGGAUAUGAAGGUCCCCAUUUCAAAAUGGGGAAAAUGGAAAACGUUUUCACUGAAAUUAAGAAUACAAUGUAAAAAAAAAAAUGCCCGCCAAUUUGCUAGAAGCCCGACAUCAACAGGCCUGAAGGACCGGUGCCGGUACGGAUCAGUCAGUUUUGAGGCGUUCAUAUUCUCUGGUACUGAAUGGAUCUAUGGAUAACAUUGAUGGUCCUACUAUAGGGCAGCUCAUAAGAAAAAGUGACAUUAUUUUUUUAUUCCACAACUCCGCCAUUUGAUCUACCCAAAUCUUCAUACGAUUAGUACAAAUCAUGUCACGGAAGAUUUAUUGUACUCCCCAGUUAAGAACAUUUCCAUGAAUGACUUUCGUAACCCGAAUUUCAUUUUAAAAACACUCUGAUAAAUGAUUAAUCUUUGAUCAUUAUUUGAUAUUUAUUUCAUUUAUUAGGGGAUUUUUUUUUUACAACAAUUUUAAUUUUUUUAAUUUAUUCCAAUUCAGCGUGUUUCUCGUGUGCAGUAUUGUCCAAUCUGUCCGAUAGAAUCGCCCUGGCCGAGAAGGUGAUUACAGAGGUAAGUCACGUGAUCAUCAACUCAUUGUUUACAAUGAAAAGAUUUGGAUCUUUGCCCUAGGCAUACAAUGGAAUAAUGUCUGAAGAGCUUAUGAAUACAUGUGAUAAUGGGAGGCUGCUGUGAGGUUGAAGUAAUAUGAAAUAUAACAUACAGCUUGCUUUUGUGGACUAUAACAUACAGCUUGCUGUUAUAGACUAUAACAUACAGCUUGCUGCUGUAGACUAUAACAUACAGCUUGCUGUUGUAGACUAUAACAUACAGCUUGCUGUUGUAGACUAUAGCAUACACCUUGCUGUUGUAGACUAUAACAUACAGCUUGCUGUUAUAGACUAUAACAUACAGCUUGCUGUUAUAGACUAUAACAUACAGCCUGCUGCUGUAGACUAUAACAUACAGCUUGCUGUUGUAGACUAUAACACACAGCUUGCUGUUGUAGACUAUAACAUACAGCUUGCUGUUGUAGACUAUAACAUACAGCUUGCUGUUAUAGACUAUAACAUACAGCCUGCUGCUGUAGACUAUAACAUACAGCUUGCUGUUGUAGACUAUAACACACAGCUUGCUGUUGUAGACUAUAACAUACAGCUUGCUGUUGUAGACUAUAGCAUACAGCUUGCUGUUGUAGACUAUAGCAUACACCUUGCUGUUGUAGACUAUAACACACAGCUUGCUGUUGUAGACUAUAACAUACAGCUUGCUGUUGUAGACUAUAGCAUACACCUUGCUGUUGUAGACUAUAACACACAGCUUGCUGUUGUAGACUAUAACACACAGCUUGCUGUUGUAGACUAUAACACACAGCUUGCUGUUGUAGACUAUAGCAUACACCUUGCUGUUGUAGACUAUAACAUACAGCUUGCUGUUGUAGACUAUAACAUACAGCUUGCUGUUGUAGACUAUAGGGGGGGGAUUUUUGGGGGGUUAGGGUUGGGUGUGAUGGAAUGUGUUAUCACCGGCAACGAGUCUAUGUGGCAAGUUUCAGCUCGAUAGGUUGACGGGAAGUGGGUUAAUUAGCCGUCCGAAAAGUUUGCCAGCCACGAAGAAAAAUUAAGUUCCUACAGAGGAUUUAAAAAAAAAAUUAUUACCCUGUUCAAUCUCUAAUAUAUUAUAUAAUAUUUCCAUUGAGCUUUUCGGUGAAGCUAUCGCUGGACUGAGCGGUCCGUGUAGCGUGUUGCGUAAACACCAUAUCAAUGGCAUCACUGUAAUGAAAUUCAUGGGUUUGCGUGUGGGUGUGUGUGUGUGGGGGUGUGUGUUUGUGUGUUGGUUGUCAUCUUGAUAAUAGAAAUCGUAAACAAAAAUCUUACAAGCUCAUUAACAUGUAGGCGUGUCUUCUUUCGGGGAAUCGUUCUGACGAAUUCUGCAAUCGUACUGACGAAUUCUGAGUCAUAAUUGUGUUAAUUGGGGAGGCUGAUGGACAUUACUCAUAACAAUGGUUCACCCCAGCACUGAUCGCCGUCACCAUUGUUUACACCCCCUUUCUCCCCCCCCCCCGACCCCAUCGCACCCCCCUUCUUUCCCCACCACUUGAUGAACAAAUCAAUUUAGCAUCUAAAUGCUUCAAUCACUUCGAGACCAGCUUGUUAAGACGCACGAGUUUCCUUGAUAAUUGCUUGCAGUGCCGCCACUCUGCCACGUCAUUAUUCGGCCAUGACGAGUUUUUUUCCUUCUAAACAUCAAUUGAAGACGGAAAUAUUUACACACCAAUGCGACAUGUCAACAGAUGUGAGGGGCGUGGUCCAUACACUCUUAGAGCAGCGAUCCCCUCCCCCUCAAAUGGUGGUUCUCGGACCGUCAGUGGGUCCACGAGCCUUCCGAUGCCGGACCGCACAUCAUGAGUAUUUAUGGUCAAAUAAGAAAAAAAAUAUCAUUUUUUUUUUAAAAUAUGGCCACGGUCCCUUGGUGCAAUUAAUAACUUUUCCACCGGUCCUCAAAACUGUUGAGAAACGCUACUCUAGUGUUCAAGGGCAUAACUAAAAGCAGAUGCUAAAUUGCAAUUUUUCGUGGGACAGUUUUAUACUUUUGAUUUUUAAUAAAUAUUUUUUUUUUUAAAUAUUUAACAUGAGCUUUAAUUGAAUCUUUUCAAAAUCUAGGUGCUAACAUUCCCCUAGGUUCUGUUCCCUAUAAAAAAAAUUUCUACACAUUUUAGUCAUGGGAGAUAGUUUCAAAUGUCUCCAUUUGCGUACUCCGCAAUUCAACUAAAAUAUUUGCAAACAUUUGUCAUCAAAAUUUCGAAUUACUCAAAAAUAAAUAUAAACAUAAGCGUGAAAAAAGGGAUAAAAUAUACAUUAUGCUGCUCAUUCCAUUUAAUUAACCAUAAAUGGCAAGAGAUGGGUGCUAGUAAACGAAAUUGAUUCCCUUUUAUGUGGAGCGAUAAGAUGGUCUUAUCUAAUAUAAACAGCUAAAAGUUGCUGAAAAUUCGUUCAGCAUAGGCGCUAGCUUGGUGAACUUCAUCAUAGAAUUCCAAAAACAUUUUUUUUUUAAAAUCACAUUUUAACAACUUUGGUGGAAAAAAAAUACGUUUGAGACUAUAAAAAGAAAAGCAUGUAUCCUUUUUUUUUUUUUAAAGAUCUAAUUUGAUUUGGUGCAUUUUAUAUUUUGUAAUAUGAUUAUAAUAGUAGUAGACCCAAUGAUUAUAAUAGUAGUAGACCCAAUGAUUAUAAUAGUGGUAAACCCAAUGAUUAUAAUAGUAGUAGACCCAAUGAUUAUAAUAGUAGUAAACCCAAUGAUUAUUAUAGUAGUAGACCCAAUGAUUAUAAUAGUAGUAGACCCAAUGAUUAUAAUAGUAGUAGACCCAAUGAUUAUAAUAGUAGUAUACCCAAUGAUUAUAAUAGUAGUAGACCCGAUGAUUAUAAUAGUAGUAGACCCAAUGAUUAUAAUAGUAGUAGACCCAAUGAUUAUAAUAGUAGUAGACCCAAUGAUUAUAAUAGUAGUAGACCCAAUGAUUAUAAUAGUAGUAGACCCAAUGAUUAUAAUAGUAGUAGACCCAAUGAUUAUAAUAGUAGUAGACCCAAGACACGCAAAAGAUGCUUUAACCCCGCCUCUGGGCCCCAUUUCUUUCCAGCUCAGUCUCUACGACGAACGCAACGAGGUCACCAAGCGCCCACAGCCCCUCGUCAAACACGAGACGUGCCCAUGCGAGAGGGGGCCCGCUGGCCCACAGGGUCCCGUGGGCCCUGUAGGAAAGAUGGGUCCCCGUGGCCCAGUUGGUGCGCCAGGAAAAGGAAUGUAAGCUUAGAACACUUUAGGACAGCGGUUCUAAACCAGUGGGGCGUGACACCCCCCCCCUUUUUUUUUGAGACCAACGGAAAACACAUUUAUGAGGUAGCGACGAAAAUAAUUUUAUGGUUGGGGGUCAUCACAACAUGAGGAACUGUAUUAAAGGGUCGCGGCAUUAGGAAGGUUGAGAAUCACUGCUUUAGGAUGAAUUGGGACCUCUGGAUGGUCGGGGUGUGACAGAAGGGAUGUUUAUGAAAUUAUGACAGUUUAGGGAUAAAAAUGGGAUAAGGAUAUUGGUGUUUAAAGUAAGGAUUCGGGAGUGAUCAACACUAUAGGGAAUCACAGCUGAGAGCAGAGGCAUUGGCAGCAGAUGAGACAUUAACAGAUGAGACAUUAACAGAUGAGACAUUAACAGAUGAGACAUUAACAGAUGAGACAUUAACAGAUGAGACAUUAACAGAUGAGACAUUAACAGUUGAGACAUUAACAGAUGAGACAUUAACAGAUGAGACAUUAACAGAUGAGACAUUAACAGAUGAGACAUUAACAGAUGAGACAUUAACAGAUGAGACAUUAACAGAUGAGACAUCAGCUUAAUGGGACCAGGUUCUUUAGACCUUUCUAGAAUGUGAAUUGUUUAGGGCCGCUUCUGAUGAAGGGGGCUCAUUCGUGCCAACUGGUAAAAACUGAAAUUUUGUGUAAGAAAAUAAUAACAAAGCUCCCAUUAUUGCAAAGAGAAGGAAGUAUGACAUAGUAUAUUGGAGUCGUCAGCUUUGGUGCUGAAAACGUUAAAUGGAAUGGGUAUUCUGUUAUGUUCAAACAUUACAAAAAUUAUGGGACAUUCAUUUUUGUAUCAAGGUGCUCUAAUGGUUAACGAAUUAUUUUUCUUGAUAGUCAGGCUAAUAAAUCACUUACAUUUCUCUAACAGAGAGGGUCCACCUGGACCGCCAGGACCACCUGGUCCACAAGGCCCGCAGGGAAUGGUCGGUGUGCCCGGUCUGCCUGGGUUCCCGGGGAUGCCGGUCACGAAGUCCACCCCCACGGUCAGGUCGGGAAAUAAUAAGGGGACAAGGGAGGCCGCCGUGUCCAGUGGAAGUAUGAAGAUGUUCAAGGCGCUCCAGAGGCGACAGGAAAGAGGUGUGAAAUCUUUACGAGGCCGUGUUACGUCGUAGUGGGCUAUUGUGUGUUUAGUCGCAGUGGGUUGUGUGUUUAUUUGCAUUGGGUUGAGUUUUUAGUCAAAGUGGGUUGUCUGUUUAGUCAUAGUGGGUUGUCUGUUUAGUCAUAGUGGGUUGUCUGUUUUGUCAUAGUGGUUUCUGUGUUUAGUCAAGGUGGGUUGUCUAUUUAGUCAUAGUGGGUUGUCUGUUUAUUCAUAGUGGGUUGUCUGUUUAGUCAUAGUGGGUUGUCUAUUUAGUCAUAGUGGGUUGUGUGUUUAGUCAUAGUGGGUUGUCUAUUUAGUCAUAGUGGGUUGUCUGUUUAGUCAUAGUGGGUUGUCUAUUUAGUCAUAGUGGGUUAAGUUUUUAGUCAAAGUGGUUUGUCUGUUUAGUCAUAGUGGGUUGUGUGUUUAGUCACAGUGGGUUGUCUGUUUAGUCAUAGUGGGUUGUCUGUUUAGUCAUAGUGGGUUGUCUGUUUAGUCAUAGUGGGUUGUCUGUUUGGUCAUAGUGGGUUAAGUUUUUAGUCAAAGUGGGUUGUGUGUUUAGUCGUAGUGGGUUGUCUGUUUAGUCACAGUGGGUUGUGUGUUUAGUCACAGUGGGUUGUUUUGUCUACUCAAUUUUUAAAAAGUUUGAAUAAUGUUGAGUUAUGUUCUUAACUUGAAUGUGCUAUGUGCUGUAAAAAAUGUGAGUUAUGUUCUUAACUUGAAUGUGCUAUGUGCUGUGAGUAAUGUGCUUAUUUGGAUUGCAUUGGGUGCGACAGUUUUGUUUUCAAUAAAUGUUUAGCAAAUCAUGAAAUAUAGUAUAUCAAUGAUAUAGACUUGCAUAUGAAAUGGUGUGCUUCAAAGUUCUAAAAUCAGUUUUCAUUUAACAUUAUUUUAAAGAUAUUUUUGUUAACCUGACAAUUUUUGUUUAAAUUUGACAUGUGGUAACAUAUUAUAUUUUGCUAAAAUGAAUUUUUUUUUACAUAUGACCAAUUUGUUAACGUAUGAUACUUUUGUUAACAUAUGAAAUUUCUGUUAACAUAUUACAUUUUUUUCAAAAUAUAAAAUUUUUAUUAACAUACGACAUUUUUGUUCACAUAUGAAAUUUUUGUUACCAAUUACACUUUUGUUAACAUGAAAUUUUUAACACAUGAAAUUUUUGUCAACAUAUGACACUUAUGUUAACAUGAAAUUUUUGUAAAAAUAUGAUUUUUUGUUAACUUAUGACACUUUUGUUAACAUGAAAUUUUUGUAAACAUAUGACACUUUUGUUAACAUAUGACACUUUUUUUUUGUAAAAAUAUGAUUUUUUGUUAACUUAUGACACUUUUGUUAACAUGAAAUUUUUGUAAACAUAUGACACUUUUUUUAACAUAUGAAAUUUUUGUUACCAUCUGACUCUUUUUGUAAACAUAUGAACAAACAAACAAAAAAUGCUGAAAAGGUAUUUUUGAUUACUUCACAGAUAUUCAAACGCGACUGUCCCGUCUGGAAAAGUUGGUGGACGAGCUAGAGAGAAAAAUUGUCUCUAAUGAAACUCUCGUGAUGGCGCUGAAAUUCCUGACAGAUCAAAUCAACAAGCUCCAAGGCAGGGUCUCCCAACUGGAGGCUUUCCCCGAAGAUCCUGGUAGAUUAAAGUUUAAGACUUUCAGAUGGGAAUUGUGGGGUUAGAAUCCUGGGGUCGAAAUUUUUUGGAGGGAUACAAUUCAAUCUUUUGAUGUUUAAAUCGCUUUAUCAGAAUUUCGUAGUACCGUACUACAGAAAGUUAAGUGGAAAAAUUGUACUCUAUUAUUCUGGCUAUCUGCGAGUGAAGAGAGACACAAGAAUAGCUAUCCUGUUGAAUAUUAUUUUGUCUCAUUUACCAGAAAGUGUUGUGGAUUUUUUUACCCAUAAAAUAAAGUAAACAGUAACGGGCUCCUGCUGUGAGGUCCAUGCCAAGACUUGGUGUAAUUAAUUUAACGAUUUUUUCCCCCAAAUGAUGUACUGAUCCUCAGCAGACUUCAGGCAAAUACAGAAGUAUAUCUGACCUAUUUUGUGCAGACUCAGUCCUUAUCUAGCUCACUGGGUUAAUCUUGAUACACUCAUCCCCCAUUGCCAGCAUCGAGAAAAUAGCUUGAGCCCCUAGGUUUAAAAAAAAAAAAAACAACAACAGAAAAUUCACUGCACAUAAAAUAAACAUUUCCUUGUGUUAUAUCCCUGACAUUUCCUUAUGUUAGAUCCCUGACUUUUCCUUGCGUUAGAUCCCUGACUUUUCCUUGCGUUAGAUCCCUGACUUUUCAUUGUUUUAGAUCCAUGACAUUUCCUUAUGUUAGAUCCCUGACUUUUCCUUGCGUUAGAUCCCUGACUUUUCAUUGUUUUAGAUCCAUGACAUUUCCUUGCGUUAGAUCCCUGACUUUUCCUUGCGUUAGAUCCCUGACUUUUCAUUGUUUUAGAUCCAUGACAUUUCCUUGUGUUAUAUCCCUGACUUUUCCUUGCGUUAGAUCCCUGACUUUUCAUUGUUUUAGAUCCAUGACAUUUCCUUGUGUUAUAUCCCUGACUUUUCCUUGCGUUAGAUCCCUGACUUUUCAUUGUUUUAGAUCCAUGACAUUUCCUUGUGUUAUAUCCCUGACUUUUCCUUGCGUUAGAUCCCUGACUUUUCAUUGUUUUAGAUCCAUGACAUUUCCUUGUGUUAUAUCCCUGACUUUUCCUUGCGUUAGAUCCCUGACUUUUCAUUGUUUUAGAUCCAUGACAUUUCCUUGUGUUAUAUCCCUGACUUUUCCUUGCGUUAGAUCCCUGACUUUUCAUUGUUUUAGAUCCAUGACAUUUCCUUGCGUUAGAUCCCUGACUUUUCAUUGUUUUAGAUCCAUGACAUUUCCUUGUGUUAGAUCCCUGACAUUUUCGUGUGUUAGAUUCCUGACAUUUCCUCGUUUUUGAUCCCGUAUCUUUAUUUUACAAAUCUAUUGACCCAGCCAAUGUUUAUAUUUAUACUUUUUUUUUUUAUCACAGACGCCAGACUGCAGACGCCAAUCAGUGAUUUUUCAACGAUGUCCCCCUAUGAUCCAGAGCCCCACGAGGAAGGCGUCUUUAGCUCCGGGAGUGAUGUCGUACAAGGUAAUGUUGACAACGGUUCGCCCUUUACUAGCUUUGGUGAUCUUUAUGCCCUUACGACCACAGACGCCAAACAUCAAGGCGUGAAUCUCUUAACUGAAACAAAUAUCGAAGAUAAACGUAAGAAAGGAACACACCGAAAUACCCACUCUACAAAUCUGUCGAAAUCUAAAAAAAAUCUAAAAAGGCAUUUGCUUGACAAAAAUUUUGAAUUAGAUGAUGCUAGUGACAUGAGAGAUCCCAGAAACAAUACGGAAAAUGGAUAUAAUUCGACAUUUGCUGAACAUGAUAUCAAAAAACAUUCUACGCCCUACUUGAAAGGAUUGUCCUCUUUAAGCUUAGAACUCUCUAAGCCAAAUCUUGCACAGGAGAUGAGAUCGUCAGAGCCCGAAAUCAAAUUCAUAUCCAUAUUACAAACAAUUAACCUAACACCUUCGCCACCAGUUCCCAGCACAGUUAGCUCACAAGUUAUGUCCCCUGUUGAUAGUGUCACUAAAAAUGUAUGUAUCACAGGCUGUUCGAGAGACGAGAGUCCGAAUUUACCUCCUCUUCCUCCGCUCUCCGUUGUAAAAGCAAUUUUUCCAAAUCAUAGAAACAUAACAAGAUCUCUCAUUGGUGGCCACCAAGAAUUUUACAAACAUUUAAUUCUUGCUCUUGCUAAGUCCCCGAAAUUUUCUAAAAAAUAUGAACACAAAAUCAAACAAUUCCUUCCAUCAGGUGAAGACGAAUCAGGAUUAUCAGACGAGCGCCUGACUUCCGUUCCUUCGAAUCUAACAGAGUUGGCUUUCAACGAUUACGAGCCUGACCGCGAACUCAAGUCUUAUUUAGAAGAGCUCGGUGACGAUCCAAACAGCAAACGGAAGUCGACGGACAGCGCAAGCACUUUCGACGGGGACAUUUUCCCAGAAUUCUCCGAGGCCGCCAAAAACUUCCAAGGUCAGGGACGAAAGAUCACGAUGCCACAACCGGCGUUUCUACGAAGCCGUGGCAGCGGUUCGUUGCAAGGAAGACGUUCCUCUUUGGUGAUUGGUAUUUUCGCCGUCAUUAGUGUUAUACACAUUAUAUCGAAGCGUCGGUCCUAACAGUAAUAUUGUGUGCUGCUGGCCUAUUCUUUUAAGUGCUGUGUACACCCAUAUUUGAACAAAAGCUGGUCAACUCAAGGACGUGUAUGAGGCUUCUUCACGGUAAACUCAUAAAUGAUUUUUAAAAAUCCUUUCUUGAAAAAAAAAAAAGGGGGGGGGGGAAAUGUGUCAAGGUCUUUUCCAAAUGAAAGCCUGACAUGACAUAUUAUGGCUGUGUAGCGCGCGGACUCAAAAAACAGUCGAGUGUUAUAUUUUGAUUUAAAAAAAUUGUCACUAAUUGGAAGAUGAUGUCAUGAAACGUCCGGAACCCUAACAACUCAUUCCUGGGGCUCACUCAAACGCUUCCCUCCUCAUGAACCUUUUAUGUCAUGAACCUGCAGAUGAAUUUAUCUUCAUAAAUGUUGAAAGGAAAAAAGUUUAUAACUUUAUAUUAAUAAGGUAAAAAAAAAAAUUAAUACAGUGAUAUUCACCAUGAGAAAAAAAAAGAAGAUCAUAAUUAACAUGUUAUCGCUACCGUCAUUAAAAUCUCAGUUCCGAUGUACAGAGAUGUGAGUUAGCUGUUCCGGUAGUUUUGUAUGACUUUGAUGGCAUUCCAUUACGACAAUUACAUCAAUUGGAUGAAUGUGAGCUGUUUAUUUUUAUUUUUUAAAAAUUUUUUUUUUAGUUACUUAAAUGUUCCCUAAUUUUUAACCGCCCUGUUCAUUCCACUUUCUAGUUUCAAAUAAUGUACUGUAAAUAUCACCAUCCACAUUUCUUCCCCUGCCCGCAGUACUAGAGCCACCCGAGUGUAUAUCCUAUGUAUUUAUUGCUAUUGAAAUGUGACAUUACUUUGUAAUGAGGGAGUUACAGUUAGGGGUCGUUCGCAAAUGACCUCACGCAAAAAUGACCUUUUUAGACCCCCCUCUCCCCCUUGUGACAAAUUCUUCACCCUCCUCCCCCUUAGUGUCACGUCACACCUAAAAAAUUCAAAGCGUGCAUAAAAUUUUCAUAACUAAACUAAGAUUUUAUUUUAUUCUGUAACAUUUUCCCAUAAUGAAUUAAGAUGAAGUAUUAUUAGAAAACUGUAACGCGAAACAACAAAGUCCUCCCCGAGCCG